AGCUGUGCGUAAACGCAAAUCCAAAAGAUCCCCCCUUCUUCCUCCCCUUAGAAGUACCUGUUAUCUCCCUCCGCCACACUCACUACCCCUUCAUGUCGUCCUCAGCCACCGUCGUUGCCUCGCCGGAGGCGUACACCAAGGCUCUCCUGCACUGCUACAAGUACCCAACGCAGCCCGUGAUGGGGAUGCUGGUCGGCAAGCGGCUGAGCGAGGAUGCCGGUGCGACGGGCAGUGGGGGUCAGAGCGGCACCACCGGCGGCAACAACGGGGCUGGAGGCAGCAGCGGCAGCAGCAGCAGCUUCGUCUCCGAUGCCGUCCCGCUCUUCCAUACGCUGCCCAUGACGGCGCCGAACCCGAUGCUGGAGGUGGCCUACGCCCACGUGCAGUACGCCGCCUGCACCACCGGCCAGUCCCUCAUCGGCGUGUACAUCGCGAACGAGCGAUUGAUGGACAACAAGGUGGCGCCCAUCACGAAGAAGAUGCUUGAUGCCCUGCAGGCCCGCAUGCCGUCGCAGACGAAGCUGCUGGUGUGGUUCAUCAACAACGAGUGCCUCACCUCGCCACCAGUGGGUCUGGCGAUCACCUCGCUCACGGCGGACCGGUGCAACCCGGAGAAGGCGAUCCCCCUACCGUCGCAGGCCUCGGCCGAAGAGUCGAUUACGUUUGGCCGCUGGAACUCUGACACACUGGCGCCUGGCGCGACGGUGACGGAGGAGGGCGUGAUGGAGACGGUGUCGAACGCACUGGACGCGUUUGCGCACUACCGCAUCGCCGACCUGGAUGACCACGUCGAGGACCCGUCCAUCAACUACCUGGAGCAGCCGCUCUCCGCACUGAUGACGCGGAAGUGA